UGAACCAAAUCGGGCCGCCAUGCUGCUUCGCCUCCGGUCGUCACGUAGAGAAAAGAUCGUAUCGGCCCACGCAAGGCGUAAAGGAGCUGAAGAAGUGAAGGGACUGCAAAUGCAACAGUCGCCCAGACCACUUCUUCGGGGAUAACGCCCUGCAUCUGAUGAACGAAUGACAGUGUGCAGUCGAUGCGAACGAGGCAUACAAGGCAAACGGGGCAAAGUCAAGGGAUUCCCGUCUGGGGCGAAAGAGAAGGCAGUAAACAAGGCAACUGCUGUGGCUGGGAGGCGGAGAUCUUGCAGGGAAAGUGCAUAUGUGCAGACGAGAGUGCAGCUUGGGGCUGGCGCAGCAGACAUAUAUACACAGACCGUAAUCGAGGACGAGCCGCCCUAGCCCUCUCGCGAGCAACGCGGGAUGCUUUUCCUGGAACGUUCGCCAUGGCAGGUGGUGUGCCGGAGAACAAGGGGCAUCAGAGCCGUCACGGUUCUGUCCCGAGCAGCGCGGGAUGGUUCUUAGCUUUCCGGAUUCUCAAACCCAUCGGGACACCUGGGUGCAUGGCAUCGGGUAUUAGCGCCGAGCGCCCAGGAGUGGAAAGUGGCUACGAAGUGAGCUGCAUUUGUUUCCGGGCGCUGUUGGUGCUCUCCCGAGCAGCGCGGGAUUCCCAAAAAGGUCGAUGCGGCAGGGAGGAUUAUGGCAUUACGGGGGGGUGGGUGUCGGCAGGAGAAGUGUGCGCACCACACCACCAAAGCUGAGCAGGACCGUUAUCCCUGCAGGAGCGGUGGUGCGCGGCGCAGCGCCAGGACGAGGACUCAAACACUAUACCGAAACAGGGGGUCCUUCUGAGUGACCCCUUGAUUCGGUAUAGCGCCAGUCUUCC